AUGCACUCUAUCUUCCUUUUCUCCACUCUUAUCCUAUCAGCCUUCACCGGCAUUCCUGCUCUCCCAACCCCCACCCCCACCCCUCAAGAAGUUGGAGCUUCGAUUAUCCCCGAGUUCGAGUUCCCUGAGUUUCCCGAGCUCGGACACUCCGAGUUCCCAGAAAUCCCUAUCGCCCCUCAAUGCAUGCGUAUGGGGCAGACGUUCCAGGACUGUCUCAACGGCCCGGGUGCCCAAGCGAUUCAGAACGAUGUAGAAAUUGCUUAUGCCGUCAAGGACUGCCUCUGUGGGUCCAGGUGGUUCUCGGUUGAGAUUGUGACUGAGUGCAUGGAGGAUGAGACUGCCUGGAGCGAUAUAUGUGGUGACGAACUACAGGAUCAGGAGGUUGGGCUGGGACUUUCGGUUUCUGCUUAG